AUUCAUAUUCAGGAAGAGCACACAUCUCCUUCACCUCUCUCUCUCUCUCUCUCACACAAAAACACGUACAUGGGGAAUGUGACAUCUUGUGCUCCUUCCAUAAUCUCGAAUGGAGUGGUGAAGGUCUUAUUCAGUGAUGGAAGGCUGGAAAUCUACACGAGGGCAGUAAAAGCAGCAGAACUCAUGGUAGAGAACCCCGGAAAAUUUGUCUGCGAAUCCAGCAGCCUGAAAAUUGGGCAUCGGAUUCACGGACUUGUGGCCGACGAAGAGCUAGAGCUGCGGCAGUUCUACUUUCUCCUUCCCAUGGAGCUGCUCUACUCUGUACUAACACUCGAGGAAAUGAGCUCUCUUUCUUACAAGGCUUCCAAGGCUUUGAAGCAUUAUGGAAGUUUUAACCACUUGGGGAAGAAGAUCUUCCCUGUUCUUGGUGAGUUUUGCAUGUUUCCUUCUGAAGCCAAGACUUUGAAUAAUACUCCGGCGACUGAGCAGGAACCAGUGCAGAGGUAUUUAAGGCAGAGAUCAUGGAAGCCUGCGUUAGAGACCAUUGUUGAAACACCAUGUCAACAGUGAGAUCAUAGCUGUAUUUUGUUUCUCUUUCCUUCUCUUCAAGUCUUUUUUUUUUCUUUUUUCUUUUUUUGAGGUUAUGAUUAAUAAAGUAAAGAGGUUAAAGUUAAAG